UCUCCGUCCCUUUUUAAAUUGAAUCUUCUCUGAUUAUCAAUGGCCGCAGUUCGAUCUGCUUCGCUGACAGUCGCAGUCGCGACCUGGUUUAUCCUGCUCUGUCCAGCGCUCAUUUCCUCUGCAGAGGAAGCCAAGGAAUUAGCCUCGCAAGUGUGCAGGAACACGACGGAUUUCUCCUUCUGCCAGGACGCAAUCUACGCUGAUCCCCGCGCUCCAGGCGCCAACCGCGUCGUCCUGGCCUACAUCGCUUUCGGAAAGGCGUACGCUAACGGAACAGAUACUAGAGCAUACAUUGCCUCGAGGUUAACAUCCGGCGGUGCUAAUGAAUCUGAAGGUGUGUUGACUGGUAUGAAGAACUGCUUGACGAAGUAUGACGAGGCGGUGCAGACGCUGGCGCAGAUACUAGGCGACUUGGAUUCGGAAACGUAUUAUGAAUUGGAUAAACGGUCGCUGGAAGUCGGAAGAUUUCCGGCGGCGUGCGAGGAGGGUUUCAAGGUCGGUGCAUCUCCGUGGACAGAACGAUUCAGGAAAGGUUAAAAAUAGGAGUAAAGAUAUAGUCUAAAUCUGUAGCAUCCAAAAGAAUUUUGCACCUGACAGACAACCUCCGACAUCCUACAAUCAAUUCCAUCCUCCAACUCUAGUUGCAAUCCAUCAGUUCCAUGCAAUGCAGGCUUUGUUUUCGGCACUUAGGUCAGUUCAUUAUGCGCUAUAUAUAUAUACAUAAUACAUAUAUAUUAGAACUGGUGAAAUUGUUAUGGCUGUUGGCAUUGGCAACGAAGGAGAUGGACGCAGCACGUCCGUAGCUGCAGUCCCCAACUCCCGAUCAGUGACGGAAGGAUCAACAGUGGCGAAGAAGGCUCGGAUUGGCUAUAGAUUGUAAAAUAAGCAGAAUAGUAAUGGAGUGAUGCGACGGGGUACGCCCUCCAGACGGGGGCGAUUAUUCCCGAGAAUAUUCCGUGGCCGUGCCCCGCCCGGUCGCUGUCGUCGUC